AUCUUCUUAUCGAUGCGGACCGUGCGCCACACCUUGUGAAAUCUUCAGCCGUCCUCGCUUCACGUGUAUACUCUUCAUUGGCCUACGCUGACCGGAAUUCAUGCAUGGGAUAUUGGUGGCUUUCUGCCUGCUUUUGCAGUUGCCUUCUCCCCUGAUUUCUUGUUUUGGUGGCUCCUCAAACAUCAUCUUAAGUCCACUUCUCAAUCAAUUCUUUACCCAUGGAAGAUUAUGGAGCGGACAACUUCAACCAUAUCUGCUUCCACCGCCGCUCCAUCUCAUCAUCACGACCGACUUUCUCAUGCUUCAUCAGCAGAAUCACUGGUAGCCAAUCCAAAUGGUACCCAUGGGGAGCACAACGGUGAAGAUACCCGCUCACCUCCGCUCGAUCGAGUGCCGAUUGUCCAAGUCGACGCCCG